AGUAGUUUAACUGUCCUUUUGUCGACGUGUAAAAGUGGCUACCGUUCAGCGUAUUUCAGGGUGGGGUUGUGAUGUAACCGGGAAGGGCGGCUCGGGGAGGGGGUCGCUUCUCCCCCAUCAAACGCAGCAUGAGCGCUCCCGAGCAAAAGGAUGUGCGAGCAGGCAGCGCGCUACUGUAGGGACGGAGUCCACAAACUGCUGAACAAAGAACAAGCCAAACUUCGAGCCCAGGAAAGCCGCGAACAGACCAAGCCCGUAGCCGGUCAGGACAGCGAGUCCGAAACGGCAGCUCAGUCCGGAAACAGCGGCGCCCAGCCCGGUGGAAUUGACGGGCUCGUCCGCUGGAUCGUCACCAAAAUGAGCGACAACAAGAACAUCUCCAGCCGGGAGUACGCCUCCAGCAAGGAGGAGGUGGCAGUGGCUCAAGAGCAAUUCUUUGCCCCGGAACCGCGGAGAGGCAUCUCCGUUAUUCUGGAUAUCUUCAGAAGAGCUGAUAAAGAUGAUGAUGGUAAACUCUCUCUAGAUGAGUUCCAGGCGUUCUUCUCUGACGGCACGCUUAACGAGGAAGAGCUGGAGAAGUUGUUUCAUACCAUCGACUCUGAUAACACCAGUAAUGUUGACACUAAGGAACUUUGUGACUACUUUGCCAAGCACAUGGGGGACUACGAAGGAGUUCUGGCCUCACUGGAGACACUCAACCUUUCCAUCCUCAAAGCCAUGGACUUCACCAAAAAGGUCUAUGAGAGAGGAACAAAUGUGGAGCAGUUUGUGACCCGUUUCCUCCUGAAAGAAUCAGCCAAUCAAAUCCAGUCUCUCUUGAAUUCUGUGGAGAGUGCUGUGGAUGCCAUUGAUGAACAACACAGCCAGUCGGGUCAUAUUCCAGCUAAGACGAGUCCCCGGAUGUCAGACAGGCGCCAUGACAACGUUCCUGAUUAUCCCCCUAACAACAGAAUCAGUACAAAGGAGGCUGUCAGGACCAUCAACACUGCCUCAGGCGCUGUGGAGCUAAGGAAAGAGGGUCUCGAGGCUCAAAUCAAUCGCCUGUCCGAACUCAUCGGACGACUGGAGAAUAAAACAGUCUGGUUUGAUCUGCACCAGAGGCUAACAGACACAGAUGGCACCACCAGUGCAUCACUACUCCUGAUCCGUCAGGAAAUGGUGGUUUCCCAGAAGAAGCUUGGUGACUAUUGCGAGGCUCUGAAGCAAUACCUAAAGAACGUCUCCACUCAGAGAGACUGCUUUCAUGUGACUGCAGUGCGCCUGCCAGAUGGCUUAUCCUUUGUCAUCUAUGAGUUCUGGGACGGAGAGGAUGAGUGGAAAAGGCACCUUCAGUCAGGUCCUAACAAAGCCUUUCAGCACGUGAAAGUGGACACGCUGUGCCAGCCAGAGGCCAUUUCCUCUGUCGCCGUGCCAGCCGCCUGGUGCAGCGUGAACAAGGCCUGAGCAUGAACGGAUCCGACUCGACACCAAGACUCUUGGACACCAACUUUUUGACCUUUUCCUCGCAUUUCUCCCCUCCUCCUCACUUCCCUCACAUCCCUCCAAACUUCUUGAAAUAAUAUGUUUACACAGUGCAAAUGUAUGGUGGCAGUGACAAUUGAACAAAGUGCAUUUUCCAAAAGUACAUUUGCAUCCAAACAUUGUGGUUUACUUCUUAAUAUUUAUGAUAUGGUCAAUUCAUUAAUUAUGUUCUAGCCGGUUGGGAGUUUGUAAUGUAGCAUGGAGCUUUGGGUUAAAAUUUUCAUGUAGCAGGAACCCGAAUGACUCUGGAAAGUCCUUUUGGCAAUGUGGCCAUUUUGAAACACGCUCUAAGUGUAUUCUAGAAAGUGUAUCCAUGUCGACGUGAGUCCAUAUAACAUCCUCAUUUCACAUUUGGUCAAGAAGUAGACGGGACCAUUCUGGAAAUGAUGGAAGUUCUUUUUCUUGUUGUUAGUGUGUGUAGCUGACCACACACUUUGACAUCAUCCUCACAUCAUCUUGCGCAGACCAAAUCCAUUUAUACAGUAGCAGUGAUAAUUUUACAAGUUGAGCCCUGCGAAUCUCAGGGACUCACUGAUC